AUGAGGCAGCUGUUGUCAACUUCAUUCAUCCAUUCUGAAGUCCCCAUCAAAUGUUUUCACCUUCUAGCAUCAAGCAUAAUCAUUGCCUCAGAACAUUAUUUCAUUAGGGAUUACAGAAGAUGAUUCUCAGAUUGCAUCAUUUCCCCUGAAUUGAUUGGCAGAUUUUAUUUUUCUGAGAUGUAUUUAUUUCUACUUUUUACAUAUAUCUUCCUGGGGAGUGUUGUGAAAGGACACAUUCUUCAUCUUUACUUCACAGAGGAUGGUUCUGGACUUCCUUAGUAAUUCUUUUAAUAUGUCCUCAAAUUUAGAGUAGUUAUCAUGCCUACCUCUGGGGGAUUUUGUGAGGAUUAAAUGAUCUGGUGCAUGUAGUAUAAAAAUGGUGCCUGGCACUCGAGUUGGGAAGUGCUAGUUAUUAAAGUAAGUUUUUAGUGAACUCUUCAAGUGUUAGUGGAGAGGCAGAGAUGGGAAAGAUUUCUUCCUGCGUUGACAUCAACAGGAGGCUGGGGCCUGUGUCGAGGGAGCUGAGGGAGGUGCUGCUUGCCCACACCAGCAUGGAAACAGCUGUAACACACGAAGCAUGUGCCACUGCUCACGGUGAGGUGGCUGUUGGCAGUUGCAGAGGUGAGAUCUGGGACACAUUGUGAAGUGGAGCUAGCACAUGAAGGAACAUAGGUAGGUGGAUGAGAUGAGAUGGUCGCUCCAGACAGGUUUCUCCUGGGUCAUGGCCCACUGAGGUUUUCAUCUGAACAAAGGGCAGCAUGCUUGCCUAGUCUGAUCUGCCUUGUCAUUCUGCACACUCUCAACCAGCGCUGUUUGAGAUUGCAAAUCACUUUGCUAAGGGAGGAAAUGCUUAACCUACUUCUUGGCCUUUUAAUCUACCUUCUGUUACUGCUUUAAAACCCAAUUGUUGAUGAGUGUAUAGACAAUUGGAAUUUUAACACUCUUGAUAAGGUGCUUAUUCAUUAAUAUUGGAUUCAUUUAACAAACAUUUGAGCAUAUAGUGUGUAAGAUGAUGUUCUAGACAGACCAGCCACAUCUGUGAACCUGAGAGACGAGUCUCUGCCCUCAUGGAAUUUAACGUUCUGGUAAUGAGGUGACAGUAAACACAACGAAGAUUUAUUGAAGUAUGUUAGAAGUUGUUGCGUGCUGUUGGGGGAAAAAUAAAUCAGGAUAAGGAGAGAUGGAGAUGGUUAGGGAAAUGACCUUUGAGCCAGAAGGUCAGGGUGCUAGCAGUUGAGAUUAUAGAUGUUCUGAUUGUGGGUAUAUUUUUGAGAUAAAGCCAGCAGAUUUUGCUAAUGGAUUGAUUGUGUGUGGGUUGAGGGAAAGUGAGCAAGCCUUCCAAGUGAAAGUGGCUCAGUCGUGUCCGACUCUUUGCAGCCCCAUGGUCUAUGCAGUCCAUGGGAUUCUCUAGGUUAGAAUACUGGAGUGGGGAGCCUUUCCCUUCUCCAGGAGAUGUCCCCAACUCAGGGAUUGAACCUGGAUCACCAGCAUUGCAGGUGGAUUCUUUUUCUUUUUUUUUUUUUGCAGGUGGAUUCUUUACUGUCUGAGCCACAAGGGAAGCCCAGACCUUCAAGGAUGGCUGUUAAUUUUUGACUGAAACAGUAAUAGUGAGGAUGGAAUUGAUGUUCUCUGAGAUGAGGAAUUCAGUGGAAUAGUUUGAAGGGUGAUGAACCAAAUUAUGCAUACUCCCAGGGAAAAGGUGGUUACAAACAGUUCAUUCAGUAAGAAGAGUGGUCUGUAGAUUUUACUAUGAGAACUCAUCUCUAUAGAUCACCGAGCUAAUUCUUUCAAUCUUAAUGUUUUAAAGAUGGAAGUUAGCAGAGGACGGAAGUUAGCAGAAGAAAGAAGGAUGACUGAGACACAUAUAGCCAUGGUAACAAGGUCAGGUGUAGAAUAGACUUUGAGACUUAAUUUUUUAAUUCUAACACUGAAAAAGAGAAUGGAGGCAAAAGCCUUCAUCUUGAAUGAGAAACUGGUUAAACCUUGAUCUUCUAGCUGAAUUUUCUGAUCUGCACGUUUUUACUUACAUAGGAAGCCUGUGCCUGGGACUUCUUUUUGUUUUAAUCUCUUUAUUUUCUUCAUACAUGUAUCCAUCACGUAUGAUCAUACAUAGAUACUUUAGUUGGACUUUAUCCUGUGCAUUUUUUUGCAGUCCCUUCUGUUUAACAUUUGUUAUUUAUACAUCUUACGUGUUUGCAAGCUCAAAAAUUUUUAAACUUUUUAAUGUUGAUGUUGAAUGACUUUUAUUAAUAUUGUUUCUGUUAAUAAAUUGCCCUUUGCAUUAAAGAUAGUAUUGUGUAGUGAUUAAGGGAAGAAGCAGUUUAGACACAAAUGGGGGUACAAAUCCAGAUGUAAAUACAAAUAAUUGUAUCCUGGGGUGUUACACUACCUCACUGGUUUCAGUUUUCUUGUGUGUAAUAUGAUCAUAAUAAUUGUACUUCUCCCACAAUUAUUGUGAGGAUUAAAGUAAUGCAGACAGCACUUUAAGCACAGUACCUACAAGGUGUCAGGACUUAGUGCCAAGUUUUUAUUUUUUAAUCUCCAUUAUGUAUAACUUACAUGAUAAUCAAUCUUUUACAAGCAAACCGCACUGAGCCUCUUGAAUUCUUCCCCAUUCAAAAUUAACACCAAUGUUUAGUCAUUGGGAUUACAUAAUAUGGUACCAUAGGCGCUACAACUCUUGUUAUUUUAUGUUUUCGUUGCUCUGAAAGAAAUAGGUUAUUGGAGUUUGCUCCAUACACAUGUUCUGGCAUCAUCCAAUAAAGGUUGAAACCAGCGGUAGUUUUAAAGUUGCCCCCAUACCCAAAAGACCUUCUUCAUUAGCCGAGACUUCUUUAGAAGAACAACCAAAACCAGACAGACCCAUUGUGAGCCACACUCGGGCAGUGGUAGAAGCAAGUCAAAAUGACUGCAUCUCAGGGGUGUUUGUGUAUGGAUGAAGUGAUAAGUCUGGUGGUUUAUGAACUUUUCCAGGUGAGCAACAUUUUAUUUGAAGAAUUAAUUUACUUACCUGGGAAGUCAUCCCUCCUAACCCCUCUCCCAGCAGUACUUUGCUUAGAGUAUAGAGCUGUUCUGGUUGGUCGAGUCUGCUAGAGCAGGGCUUUAAUCCCUGCUCAUUCUGCCUCACCUCCUGCCCCUGUGCUGGGACACGGUGACUAGGAACCCUCAGAAUAUAAACCCUCAGAAUAAGCCAUUUGAGUUUAAUUCAGGGCUUCAGACAGUUCUUAUAUACUUCCAAAAGCUUGAAUAGUGAGAUUGUAGGUAUAGUAGAAAUACUUUGCCAAAGAAAUUUAAGGGCAGGCUCCUUAAAAGUUUUAGGGACUGUUCUAUGACUACAUACAAUGUCUCCAGCUCCAUUUGUAAUUUGAUCUAAGAAUUGAUCUAAGUUGUAUUAGAAGCACUCGGCUUUUGUUUUGGUGUCCCUGAUAAACUGCUCUCAUAGCCAAGCUCUGCAUUUUUAAGGGAAGCAGGGGUUGGGCAACGGAAGGUCCUGUUUCGAGUAUUUACAUACCAAGCAUGAAUAGCCUGUUCCACUAGUGGAAUUGGCUUUAUUGGACUUUGAAUCAAGAUGACGAAAGUGAAAAAUAUGUCUGAAAAGUAGAUUUUUAUGUAAAUUUAGUGAGUUUUUUUUUUCCUUGAGUUUUGCUUGAGUGAGUUUUAUUUGAAUGAAGUGAUGUAGAUAGGCACUAAUAGUUGAUGAGGUGGUUGGGAGUUAGUUCGAAAUAUUCAUGAGAGAACUGCAUAUUUAAUACAUUAUUUUAUCUAUUUCUUUUUUAUCAAUAAAUAACUUCUAAGAAGCUCCUAUGGAGAAGGGAAUGGCAACCCACUCCAGUAUUCUUGCCUAGAAAAUUCCGUGAACAGAGCAGCCUGGAGAGCUAUAGUCUAUGGGGUCCUAAAAAGUUGGACUGGAGAAGGAAAUGACAGCCACUCCAGUAUUCUUGGCUGGAGAAUCCCAUGGACAGAGGAGCCUGGCAGGCUACAGUCUAUGUGGUCGCAAGAGUUGGACACGACGGAACAACUAAGCACGUAGCAAGCACAGCACAAGACGCUCCUAAAAUGCCUUGGGGUAUCGUUGGCAGUUUAAUUUGAAAGAGGCUGAUGGCACCACUUCCAGUCUAUGCAAGUUGUAGAUGGUGAAGUGACAUUUACUGAACACCGGCCUGUUGCACUGGGCAAGAUGACAGACAUCCUAGGUGUGCUUACUCCUUAUCAAACCGUUGGGUCAGAAAAUGCACGAGACUUGGCAAGCCUACUUUUGUCAGUACUGGGUUCUGCCUGUUCAGAUGGUACUUUUUGAGCCCAAAGCUAAAAAGAUUGUGGUUUGGUCACCUUGAGAGUCGUUGCGUUCUACUCUUUGUCGGUCCACGUGCCUCAUUGACUUGAUUAUGACUUGGAGCCCUGAUGGCUUUAGAAAUUGUUUUACUUGUUCUUUGUUUGGUUUUUAUGGCAGAUGAAUUUCUUUUUAGAGUGACCAUACAUCCUAUUCUGGACAGAGUGUCCCAGAAUAACUUCCUAGUUUGAAAGAUAAAUUGUAUGGUCUCCCUAGAUAAUAGAAGAGAAAUGUUAGAUUUGGUCAUUAUAACUAAUUUGUUUUGAUUAUAUUAUCUGGAGGAGUUUAAUAGCUGAUGUUAAUUUGAUCUUUCCUAUUUGACUCUUUCUAGUUCAAACAGCAGAUAUUUAUGUAUGCUUCUCUAUCUGGAUUAAUUCUUCAGUUGUAAUUUAGUUCAUCCAAGUACAUGAAACAGUGCUUUCAUUUACCAAGAUUGUAUUCUAAUUUUGUGCAGAACUCCCAAUAAAACCCUGUUGUCUGAGAAGGAAGCCCUCUCCUGUUGGCAGAAGUGUCUCUGUUUCACGACACCCUUGUGUUUGAUUCAAGUUGGCUAAAUUUAUUAUACUGGCCAUUAUAACUAGGGGACUAUUUCUUUAUACAUUCUAUGACUAUUACUUACAUUAUAAUUGUUUUCUUAAAAAUGCACUAUGAGGGAACCAGCCCACAUACUUACCAUUACUAUACCUACUUUAUUCCUUGUCCUACAUUUCUCACUUAAGGGAUUUAUCUGAACUGUGAACCAGCUUAGUCCUAGAAAUAUGAAAACAUAAAUUAAAAGGCUUCUUUUUAGCAGCUGGAGAAAAAAUUUUUUCCAUGUGUCUUCUUUCUAACAGUAAAGGAACUCUGGAUAGUGUUCACUAUAUUUUUGUUGUAGAAAUGUUUACUUAUUAAAAAGAGUGAGAGAAAAUAUGCAAAACAUACUGUAUAGUUUAUUUGAGACCAUUUUUAGGAAUUGCACAGUUCAUCUUCUGAAAGGCUGAAGUUCAAGGCUGUGACAAUCUAAAUGACUCGAUAUGAAUUUGGCUGCAUUGCAUUGAGUAUUUUACAUCUUUCUAUAAACUGAUUUGACCUAUUUUAAUUUUCCUUUUCCAGUCUUCACUAGGUGCUGGUUUCUGGAUGUUUUUUGUUUAAAUUGGAAAAAUCUUAAAUCUGUCCACAGACUGACACAGUGUCCCGUGAGAUGGGGGCUGCCGGCAGUGGCUUUUGGAGGAUCUGAGGAGGGAGGAAGCAUUGAGAACUGACUAGCGUUUGCCCUCUCUCUGCCGCCUCUCCUGCGGGCAGACCAUCUUUUCUCUAGCUGACCCGCUAGCUGUUCUAGGGAAGUUAGGGGUUAGACCAGCCUAAGCAUUCAUCAGGGAGCGGAGUAUGGCUUAAGAUGUCUGAUGUGCGUCAUGUUUGACAGUGGGAACAGUGUGGUCAAUUUGCACUGCUUCCUAGUGAUCAGAGAAGGAAGGGCUUAGUUUGUGCCUGAGUGCUUUGUUCUUCGAACGAAUAAGCUGCUGUAGUGGCCACUACAAUGCGUACUCCACUCCACCUUCCCUCCAAACAGAAAUAAACACUGGGUGUUUGUCCCUCUUGAGGAGAUGGCCAACGACUGCCAUUGAGAAGAGAGACACUUGAAAUGGCCCUCGGACCAGUGAACUAGGCUUACCUGUGUGGUUGGUACAGUAGGCUUCACUAGACUUAGCUGCAACUCAGAAUGUCUCCUCCAGCCCCUGAGUAAAUGCUGAUGGUCUUGUGGAGAGUGGAUUAAGAGGACGAGCUAAGUUCUCAAUCCCAAUUAAGAAGCGGAGGAAAAUUUAAACUGUCUCCUUCAAAGUUUAUCACAACCACCACCAUCAAGACAGCAAACCAAAGGACAAAGACUUUGACCUGCUGUGUUGCUCUGUGUAGUCCAGUUCACGUAUGGUUUCCAGACUUGGCUGGGGUUACUCACGAGUAAAUAAAAAGUCGGACACUUCUGUCAUUGGACGUUUUUAUUCGCAAAGUUACCAAACAUGAGGGCUGUACUGGAGACAGCAGACAUUGCCAUAGUGGCCCUGUAUUUUAUCCUGGUCAUGUGCAUUGGUUUUUUUGCCAUGUGGAAAUCUAAUAGAAGCACCGUGAGUGGAUACUUCUUGGCGGGGCGCUCUAUGACCUGGGUAGCAAUUGGUGCCUCUCUGUUUGUGAGCAAUAUUGGGAGUGAGCACUUCAUUGGGCUGGCAGGAUCUGGAGCGGCAAGUGGAUUUGCAGUGGGCGCAUGGGAGUUCAAUGCCUUGCUGCUUUUGCAACUUCUGGGAUGGGUUUUCAUCCCGAUUUACAUCCGGUCGGGGGUAUACACCAUGCCAGAAUACUUGUCCAAGCGAUUUGGUGGCCAUAGGAUUCAGGUCUAUUUCGCAGCGUUGUCUCUGAUUCUCUAUAUCUUCACCAAGCUCUCAGUGGAUCUGUAUUCGGGUGCCCUCUUUAUCCAGGAGUCUUUGGGUUGGAACCUCUAUGUGUCUGUCAUCCUGCUCAUUGGCAUGACUGCUUUGCUGACUGUCACCGGAGGCCUUGUCGCAGUGAUCUACACAGACACCUUGCAGGCUCUGCUCAUGAUCGUUGGGGCACUCACACUUAUGGUGAUUAGCAUGAUGGAGAUUGGCGGGUUUGAGGAAGUUAAGAGAAGGUACAUGUUGGCCUCACCCAAUGUCACUUCCAUCCUGCUGACAUACAACCUUUCCAACACAAAUUCUUGUAAUGUCCACCCCAAGAAAGAUGCACUGAAAAUGUUGCGGAACCCAACAGAUGAAGACGUUCCUUGGCCUGGAUUCAUCCUUGGUCAGACCCCGGCUUCGGUCUGGUACUGGUGUGCCGACCAGGUCAUUGUGCAGAGGGUCCUAGCAGCCAAAAACAUUGCUCAUGCCAAAGGCUCCACCCUGAUGGCUGGCUUCCUGAAACUUCUGCCGAUGUUUAUCAUAGUGGUCCCCGGAAUGAUUUCCCGGAUACUGUUUGCUGAUGACAUAGCUUGCAUCAACCCCGAGCACUGCAUGCAGGUGUGUGGAAGCAGAGCCGGGUGCUCUAACAUUGCCUACCCGCGCCUGGUGAUGAAGCUGGUUCCCGUGGGCCUCCGGGGCCUGAUGAUGGCCGUGAUGAUUGCUGCUCUGAUGAGUGAUCUGGACUCCAUCUUCAACAGUGCCAGCACCAUAUUUACCCUCGACGUGUACAAACUCAUCCGCAAGAGCGCCAGCUCCCGGGAACUGAUGAUUGUGGGCAGGAUAUUUGUGGCCUUCAUGGUGGUGAUCAGCAUCGCAUGGGUGCCCAUCAUCGUGGAGAUGCAAGGAGGCCAGAUGUACCUUUACAUCCAGGAGGUAGCCGACUACCUGACUCCCCCAGUUGCAGCCCUGUUCCUCCUGGCGAUUUUCUGGAAGCGCUGCAAUGAGCAAGGGGCUUUUUAUGGUGGAAUGGCGGGCUUUAUCCUUGGAGCAGUCCGCUUGACACUGGCCUUUGCCUACCGUGCCCCAGAAUGUGACCAACCUGAUAACAGGCCAGGCUUCAUCAAAGACAUCCAUUACAUGUAUGUGGCCACAGCGUUGUUUUGGAUCACAGGACUCAUUACUGUAAUUGUUAGCCUCCUCACACCACCUCCUACGAAGGAACAGAUUCGCACCACCACCUUUUGGUCUAAGAAGAGCCUGGUGGUCAAGGAGAGCUGCUCCCCAAAAGACGAACCAUACAAAAUGCAAGAGAAGAGCAUUCUGAGGUGCAGCGAGAAUAACGAGGCCAUCAACCACGUCAUCCCCAAUGGGAAAUCUGAGGACAGCAUCAAGGGCCUGCAGCCGGAAGAUGUUAAUCUCUUGGUGACCUGCAGAGAGGAGGGCAACCCAGUGGCUUCCUUAGGUCAUUCGGAGGCAGAGACACCUGUGGAUGCGUAUUCUAACGGGCAGGCAGCUCUCAUGGGUGAGAAAGAGAGAAAGAAGGAAGUAGAGGACGGAAGCCGGUACUGGAAGUUCAUCGAUUGGUUCUGUGGCUUUAAAAGUAAGAGCCUUAGCAAGAGGAGUCUCAGAGACCUGAUGGAGGAGGAGGCUGUUUGUUUACAAAUGUUGGAAGAACCUCCACAAGUUAAAGUAAUACUCAAUAUUGGACUUUUUGCUGUGUGUUCACUUGGAAUUUUCAUGUUUGUUUAUUUCUCCUUAUGAACUUUUAAGGAUAUGAUGAGACACUAACUUAAGAAAAUACUAGUCUUUGGAAAACAACAACGAAAAAAACCCCUGCAAACUUAUGUAACUGUUGCAUCUCUCAGGCAUUGUUUACGCUGUAGGUUUUAGCCAAAUUUUACUUAGCAGAAAAAUCAUCUAUUUGCAAGACUUUUAUUUUCCCAGAGAUGGAUGAAAGUAAAUUUUCAACCUAAAUGAAGUAAAACUUAUUUAAACAGACUGAAUUGUGCAAAUGUGGUUUAAAAUUUUCCAUACCAAAGUAAGGAGAGACCGAUUAUUCUCACAGAGCACUUAGAGCAGAGUCACACGCUAAGGUGUCACGAGUAAGAUAACUGUCCACACUGCCAAAUCUUGGUAGGCCUUCUUACCCUGAAAUGGAAGACUUGCUCAUUUUAAAGUUUUUUCUCUGUCUCUGUAAUCCCUACUCCCAUUUUAAAGAACUGAAUUUGUACAUUGUAUAAUCCAUUAUAUACUAAAAAUCUAACAUGUGCUUGUGGAGUACUUGUUUCAGGGCAAGUUCGUUUGCCAGGUUCAUUCUGUUAGCAUGAGCCUAUGGAUUCUGUAUGCUGGAAGAAAGGAAGAGGAAUGUUUUCUUGUAGCUGUUCCUGUACCACCAGUAUAUGGAAUGUUGGAAAAAAGUUCCAGCUGUUUUUUGUGUUCUUUUUUCUUUUUUUCCCUCCUCUGAAGUUUAAGUGAACCAUACUCAAACGACCACCAAGUAGUUUUGUCUUUAUAAAGUUGUGUGUCAUGACUGUAUUGUAAAUGAUUGUGGGGGGGGGAAUGAAGUUAACAUUGCUGAUGAUCCUCAAAUUUACUGACCAAGUUAAGAUCAUUUAUAUAGUUUGAAAAUUAGCAUCCCUUAAAGCAGUGUUUGAUCAACUAAGCUGAACAGGUGAUUCCUCGUACACCGUUAAUUCUCUAGCUUUGUUCUUGUCAUUUGGUAACAUUCUUUAUUAACCAGUUAACCUUCCUGAGUGGAUCCAUUUGGAAAAUGCGUCCGGAAAUUUGAAGAAAAAUUAACUCAGCUUUUGUGGGUUGCCCCACUUGAUUAGAUUGUGGUACAUUGAAGUUGAGUUUUUAGAGUGAAAAUAUCAUUCUGAGAUCAUAAUGUAUCAUUCGUAAGUUUUUUUUCAAAUUUUUUUUUUUUUUAAGACAACAUAUGUACACAGCCUCUGCAUUUUUGUUUAAACAGUUACAGUGAGUGAGAGCAUGAGGAUAUUUCAAUGCAAACAGACCAUUAGUAAUAGAAAACUCAAAAGAGCGCAUGCUUUGCCACUGGUGGGUUGCAGUAUAGUCUUUCUGUAGAAUGGAUAGCAUAUUCAAGAGAACUUCUACGGGUUUAGUAGUGUGUCCUGUGGAGAUUACAGGACUUGUGUAAUUGUAGGACCCUCUGUCUUGACAUGUCUCGGUAUCCAGUUUCAGCUUUCUGGAAGAGAAUCCAUUUUUCACAGGUGGAUUCCCCUUCAUGAGGACAGGGUACGAAAGAUGUUUGAGAAAAACUCUCCACGUGAGGUCGUUCCUUGUGCAUGCUGUCCUUUUUCCUCCAUGGCAGAUGAAGGAAACUAAUUUUGUAUCUACUUUCUUUGACUUUUCUGUAAUCUCUGAUAUUUUUUAAAUUGCAUGAUUUUAUUAACCUUGUAUUCUUUAGGGGAAAAUUAUUACUUUUUUAGAUACUUUUGUAGAUUUUGAAUCAAAACUCAGUCCUAAUGACUUUAAAUUUUUUUGUAUUUGUAAAUUAAGUUCAUUAUGAUGGACUUAAUUAGUUCAAAGUUGAUUUUUAGAAAUUAUUAGGUAGCAUAAUGUCUUCCCAUCUCCAGGAGGCUUUCUGAUGGACUGAGUCUGUAGUAAUUUGUGUUUGAGUAGUAUGAUUUCUGCAAGCUUAUUAGAGUGCCUUGUGGAAUUUUUUUCUUAGUUUCAUUCUUAGGGUUUAUAAGCUGGGGGCCAAAUGAAAGUAAGGACCGUCCUCGAGUGGAGGCCGAGGCUGUGACAUAUCCAACGUUACAAAGUCUGUUAGGAAGAGCAGAAAACCGGGUGUCUGGGUCUGGACUCAUGGUUUGUCCUCUUCUCAAAGGAACUGUUCUUCUUUUGAGGCAGCCUUUUGGUGUUUGGGGAAAUAAUAGGAUCUUAGAUUUUUCAAAUUGCCAUUAAGUUGUAGAAAUUAAAAUUUUUCUUUGAACACAUUGCUGUGUAACUCAGCAGUGAGGUUUGACAUACUGGCUGAGCAGCCUUCUUACCCCUUCUGUUAAAAGCAUAAAUGAAUAGGUGGCGUCUAAGUGGAUUUUCCCCCCUUUAUUUAAUGUUGACUCCUAAUAGUUUGGGGUUUUAGCAUCCCCCUGCCUUCUCUCUGCUGUUGUCUUAGUAUGAUACAUAAAAUACAUCAUCUUGUGUCUUAUUUGUGUGUAUAUAGCAGUAGGUCAAGUUUAGAGUACUAAUGUUUGUAAAUAAGGAAUGGUUAUUAGCAUAUCCGUUAGGAUUGUUUAUUCUUGCCAGUGUAAACAUCACUUUAUUAGACUGAAGUCCCUGAAGCUUGCCCUUCUUAUUGCUUCCCAGUAAUAGAUAAUGUGCUUGAAUGAGUAUGUGAAUUCCUGAUUGCCGCUUUAUUUCAGGGGACCAUUCUUCAGUCUUUAUUUCAUUAGAAUGAUCAUGGAAUGAUACGUAGUCUCAUAAAGCUAGCAAAAUAGUCAUACUUUACACUAAAUGGGUCUUAAAUGAUGACAUUGAUAGCUAGACGUUAACAUGUAUAUAUUUUCUUAUUGGCUCAAGCUAAGGUUGAGAACUGGCUAAGAGUGAUUGACUGAAAUAGUUAGCUAAGAGGAUGAAGUGAGGACACUGGUACUCAAAAGUGGAGACAAAUACUGUCUCAUCUGGUAGCCCCAGUUCUUAGAUUUUGUCCUCUCAGGCAGUCUUCGUCUCAAGAUCUGACGAGCAGAGCUUGUUGCCCUGGCAUGCAGAGUGGUUAUGGGUUCCUUUGUGGGACGUCUCAUUUCCCUGUUGAAGAAUAUUUUGUCCUACCCUGAGAUAGUAAGUGGCUUUUGAAACAGCAGAGCCAAUCUCUUCCCCAGCCUUUCUUUCCUAGUGAAGUUAUCACUCUUAUCUUCUGGUUAGAGAAGCAUCGAGCAGUAGCUGUGCUUCUGUGUCCUUUGGCCUCAGUCCAGCAGAUCUGAUCUCCCAAGGCUUCUUUUUCACUUGGCUCAAAGGCGCCAUUGUCUUUCUGCAGAAAGAGGCUGGCCUGGGUCACAAAGCCCUAACUCCUACCAAUGGCACACAAAGUAAUUAACAGGGGCCUGUUGCUUCGUGAAAUUUCACAUUUUAAGAAUUGAGGAGGAGGGUUGCUACUCAAUUCUCUAACCUGAAGCUGAGUAGGGGCUUGAAAGUCUUGUCCAGGGUGGUUAGAACCUUUAAGUCUCUACAUUUCUCAGUCCAUUGUUACCUUCUGUAUAUUGGGUUUUGUGGAUCCUCUCUCUUUAGAGAUCACGUAAUACAGGUUACUUUCAUUCUUCACCACCCUGUAGACCUGCUGUAUUAUUAGCUAUUAAAAACUUAGACCCGUUAAUGUUCCCCCCGGCAGUACUUUGCUUACGCUGUACUCCCCUGUGUCAUUUUCAUCUGAGGUAUGAUGGCUGAAAAUGACCACAUGGGUAUCUAGCAGUGACACCUCCACAUUUCCGAGUUUGGGUUGAGAGAUGUGUAAAGGCCAUUGCUGUUAAGUUAUGUGACUGCAGAGAUCCUGCCAGGACAAGAUUUUCUGAAGAAGUCGGAAAAACUACUAGAGGAGAUGCUGAGAAGUACCUGGGUGUAGCAGACCUAGGCUUCAGUAUUCAUAUGAUUUCUCAUUAGUGGGGUGUUAAGUCGCUUGUCCUUUUAAUGUUGACGUUAGCCUGAGCAGGCUUGGCGAUAGGACUUACUCCUGUUUGUGUGUCAGGGUCCACCUACAUUCAGAGAGACUGGUUUCCCCUUGGUUUGUCUCCCCUCACAUUGCUUUAAUUAUUCACUUUUUCUUUGUUGGAACACUUAACAUAUUCCUAUUUUGAUCUUUCGUCAGCUUAAUUCACUUUCAGGCUUAUUGCCAUGGUGUGCAAAAGUGGUGCUUUGCCCCAGAUUUGAAGGCCUGGAUCCAGAGGAUGAUUCACUAAAUAGUAGUUAUGUUUAAAUAUACUAAAAUAUCUAUUAGCUUAAACUGUUAAUGCUCCAGAGUUUUAUUUUCAGACUUUGUGUUCACUAAUAACAAAAGCCCUAAUAAUUCAUCAAAAUUUUAUUCUCAAAGCUCAUUUUUCAAAAAUUAGGCAGAAAUAGUUAAAAUUCACACCAGUCCCUUGGAAAUGAUGUAUCGCAAUGUAGAGAGGAAUGGAGUUUGUUUUGAUGCCAAAAAAACCUUGUUGCAGCAAUUAAAGGUAAAAAGUUGGAACUAGUCAGUAUAUAGAGAAACUCUUUUGUACUAGUUAGGUGUGAAGCUGGAUUAUGUAAGAAGUAAUCUUUUGAUCACUACACUUGGUUUUCUUGGAUGACUUAACUCAGGGCUACAAACCCCCUUUUCCUUCAUUAAGCUAACUUCUCCUAAUUUGGUAUGUUUAUUUUGGUCAAACUCACCUCUGAUGGAAGAGUAGAUAUUCAGUUACUUUGACUGCAGAACAGAAUUUAGCUAAGGUUCAAAAUAAUUGAUAGGCUUUGCCAGCGCUGAGUCUCACACCAUUAUUCACGUUGUCAUAUAAAUAUUUUUAUUUAAACUUCUCUCUCCAGUGCUGGGAAUAAGGGUUUAAACUACUGAUUCGCCUUUAAAGGAAUGUUGUGUGAAUUGAUAUAAUUUAUGUUUGUUUCCAUCUCAAAUCCUUUAUAAAAGAUAGGGUUUAGCUUUUUGUUUCGGGUUAAGCACCCCAUUUAUCUGGUAACUAAUGGCCUUAACCAUUGGCAUGUAGUCUUUUGUUCAGAAAUAGACACAAAGGUUUGAUGUAGCUGCAUCAUUUCUCAUCUCAUGCACUUUACUUUUUGGAGGGAGGACCAUAUCUGAGACUUGACUUAAACCAGUAACCUUAAUUUAUGUAAUGACUUUUGAGGUUUGAUUUGGUUACCUGGAUUUAUAGUGUGUUUGGGGAGAGGGAUGCUAGAAUAAAUAAGACAAAGCACAGUGGUCUCAGAUUCUUGCUAGUGUAGGCGCAGUGCCCUGUUCUCCUCAGAGAAGCCCUGGAUUGUGAUUGUUGCCGUGAUGAUGGAACCAGCCCCCCCUCGCAAGACAGUUUACAGAGAGUGAACUCUUAUCAGUGAGGGAAGUACAUUUUUUAGUGAUUUCGGCAACAGCACAGAUGGAGAGUAGGUACCCACAUCUUUAUUGGAGACUUGUUUUGACCCUGAUAAAUUCACCUUGUCCCCUAGUGCUGCUGGAUAAAGGAGUGUUUACUUUUUUUUAUUGCCUCUGGACAAACUUGUCUGGAUAAUUUUUCAGUAUAUCAAUGUCGCCUAUACCUCUGUAAGUGGAAUGUUCACUAAUAACUCACUUUUUUGUUUUAGUAGUUGGAAACUGAAAUUAAGCUCAUUGCUAUCUAGAGUAUUGAUAUCCCAAAUUGGCACAGGCCAUUCUGUAGGGUAUUCCUUAAUGUAAUCAGCUUCUGAAAUUUAUGUUUUGAUUAGUGCCUUCUGGUUGCUGAUAUUUAAUCUGCUAGUUCACACCUUUCCCUUUCUUGAUACAUAACUCUUACACAAUUCCUCUUUUUAAAUUUUGCUAUGACUAGUGAAGAAAAUACAUUUAUACUAACAUAUUUUACAUGCAGGCUUUAUUUAGGUUCAAAGAACCAGGUAGGUCUAGCUUGUGUUGCAGCUUAAAUGUUAUUUAUUCAUCUGUGUUUGUUUCCUUUAUAUCCUUAAUUAAAGAUUCAAGGUUACUUAUUCUGUGAAUAUGUUUUAACUUUUAUCAUUUUCCAGUGUAGGUUGGGUAGGCAUAUCUGAGAAUAUACAUGUGACAAGAGUUUCACAUUCCAUGAUAAGAAAAAAGCUUAAAGUAAAUUUUAUAGAAAGCACAAAACCAUGUUCCCUCAUGUGUGUAACUCCACAUGUGGAAAGCACAAGACUAACAGUAUUCUCAGUAUCCCACAAGUGCCCGGCAUAAAAAGCCCGCCAUGGGUCAUCUCUGGAGUUGUCAGGACGACCCCACAGUGUUGCAAGCCCCGGACAGUGAGAGGUGCCUGAGCUGGGGGUCCUCAAUCAUCAGAGAGGCAGUGUUCUAGUCUGAGGACCUGUGUGCUGCUUUGGUGGAGGAGACAGUACUACUGGCAAGACUGCUGCGGUUGUGCUGGGGGGUCACCAGCUCAAACGGGCGCUGUGGGCUCCUCCCUACAAUCAAACUGGAGAAACAGGAACAGACUUCUAGGUUUCUGGUGGGUGGAACAUUUUGACAAACUUCGGCUUUAAGCUGUAGAGCCUUUGGGUUAUUUUUUCUAAUCAUAAAUCUAUAGGAAAUUUUACCUCCCGUCAAUAGCACCCUGGGAGCAUGGAGAAGUCUCACAUUUUAAUAGGGCAAAUACUAAUCUUUAAUCUUCGUGUAAGUUUAAUAAGGUUAAUGAAGUUAUUUUUUCAUAUGCCUGGCUACCCUUCAUUUUAAUAGAGCAGAAUUUGAUCCAGGAGUCAUAAGCAUCAAACAAAGUGAGACAUCUGCCAAGUGGAACUACUUUUUGCUUUUCACAUUGGUUGUAAGAGUCUAAAGGAUUCUUUUGCCUGUUGCGUUACAAGACUAGAUUAGAUGAAAUCUAUGAAUAUGCCUGCAAAAGAAGAAAAAAAUAAUGUGUUUUUUUGCACUCGGCAUUGCCCUUAUUUUACUCCUCAACUUUCUUCAUCUGAAUAGUCCCUGUUUAUCAGCAAUGAAUAAAUACAUCUCUCUUGGAUCUUGCCCAUACGUCAAAAGAUAGGAAAACUCAGAAUGGAGAGAAGUGACUACCUUUUUCCCACUCUCCUCUGUUUCAUAUAUUUAUAUUAGGGGUAGUCAAUUUUAAUAAUAAUAUGGAAUGAAGAUUCAAGCUGGUGUAGACUAAUGGAACAUGGUUUAGAAGAAUUAACCUGAGCACUUUGAGGGAGAGAGUAUGGCCUACAGCAAAAAGCCAGCAAGUGUGUCCCUACAGCAGUUUUUGAGAAUGUAGCACCUCAGGCUUUGGUGGAGUUGAGGAGAGGAAUGAGAAAUACAGGGAAAAUGAGAAGUUUGAGGAACAUCUUUGGCUUAGCCAUGUGUGAUAAGGCAAAGCAGUAAUAACCUGUUAGUCCUGUAUACUAUAUAGAAUGGGCUCUGUACCUUUAAAUUUUGUUUUUAAGUCUAAAAUUGUUUUUAACAACUUAAAGGAUGCUUUUGAAGAUUCCUUUGGCAGAAUAUCUUUCAUUUCUAAUUUCCAUGAAAAAUUGCUUUAAUUAGUCUAGGUGAACUAGGUGGUUGUAGCAGUGUAAAUAUGUACAAUUAGAACUUUCUAAUUUCACUGUGAGAUCUCUUUUGAGUGGCAAACAGAUCAACUAGUCUUUUUUGCUCAUGAACUUUUCUGUGGGGUUGUUAAAAUGCAAAAGCUUUAUUACUUUCUUUUUAAAUAAUGACCUAUUACGUUCGUGUCAGAUGAUGGUAUGGAAUCUGUUGCCCUGCUCCCCCACCACUGUCGCUUCAGUUGAUGGGUUGCCGACAGUUCAGAGAUGAAGUGAGGAUGCGCCCUUUGUUUGCUUGGCCGUCCCGUCUGUGUUGCCUGGACCUGUGUUGGCGAUCACAUGUGAACUAUGUUCUGUUUCUCAGUGCUGCUGCUGCUCCUUUUUUUUUGAUAAGGUGGAUAUCAAAAAUAGUUGCUGUGCAAAAGUUAGUAGUCUUCUUCAAGAAGAAAACCAAUUCCUUUUCUAAUAUCCUGUGAAAUUGCUUCAUUCAUUCCUUUAUUUUUAAGCCAAAUGUCAGCAGAGUACUGCUGCCUUCUAUCUAGUAAUUUUGAUAUGUAAGUAUUAACGCAUUUUUAACAGAUGUCUACAUUGAAAAAUGUUUUUCCCAGCGUCCUGCCUCUUAAAGCUUUGUUCACAUGUUCUGUGAGAGCCCAGUCUGUGCACUGGGGUGUGUGUUGUGUACAUGGAUUGCUUCGUCACUUACGCAUUGUAGACCAAAUGUGAUCUUAAAUGGAGUUGUUGAGUUAUUGGUGAGUUUUUUGACUUGUAAACUGAUUUUCCAGUGUACGCUUCAUUGUCUGCAGUGUUUUUUGUUUUUUUUUUUAAGGUUUGACUUAUCAAGUCCAUCUCAUUGUACAAUGUUUUAGUUGCGAAUAGAAAGUAGAAUUUGGUAUAAACCAGGUAACUUCCAUAUUGAAAGGCAUACAAUUGAAAUUGUAGAUUUAGGAUUGUUAACCAUACAUGACAAUUCUAACUUGACUAUUCUAACCUAUUGUAUACAAUCUGAUUUUUUAAAUUGUAGACAUGUAUGAUCUUGGUUUAAUGUGUUUUUAAAAGUGUUAUUGUUUAAAAAAAAUGAAAAAAAAUUAAGCAAAUCUGCUAAAGAGCUGUCAGUUUUCAUUACUGACUCUGUAAAAUACACUGUUCUUUGUGUACUGUGUGUUACUUUGCCAGCUGCUGCAUUAGCCUUUAAAAGUAUUUGGAAACUUAAGAUGAACUACAUUUCUUGCAAAGUAUAUUCCUUUCUGUGGUAUUUUGUCCUGUAACUGAAGUAUAGUAAUUAUUUUAUGGAAACGUUAGCACUUCUGUACCGACUUUGAAUAAAAUGAAAAAUUUACA